GGCUGCCCCCAUGUUUUAGAAAAAAAUGUAAACAUUGGCUAUUUUUGCCCGUAAAGAUCAAUUCUACAGCUCAAGUUACCUUCUAUAUUUGUUCAAUGGCAUCUAAAGAUGAUGAUGAUGAAUGUGACUAUAUGUCAGAUGCUUUCCUUGAACAGUGUGCCAGUGUAAGACCAGGCCUCGUUCCUGACAGGCUUGCAAAGAAGUUAGAAAGAGACAAGAAGGAAAAAGAAGCCAACAUCAAAAGUAAAACCAAGCCUCUCAAAGUGAUAGAACACGAGAAAAGAGAAGAGGGAUUGGGCAAUGCUCUUGGAACAGAGAACAAGGGAUUUGCCCUGCUGCAGAAGAUGGGAUAUAAGGAAGGGAUGAGCUUAGGCAAGGAAGGUAAGGGCAGAAAAGAACCAGUCCCAGUUGAACUCAAGCUAGGUCGAGGCGGGCUGGGACGAGAUGCUGAGAUGAAAAGAAAACAUAUACAGAUACAAUCAUAUCGGGAAGUGAUGAAGGCCAAGCGUGCAAAAUAUGCUGUUCAGCAACAAAAAGAUUUUCGGCAGCGAAUGGCCGGUUUGCUGUCUGAGAAACGGGUUCAUGGAGACCUGAUGAAGAGCCAACGUGUUUGUGAACAACUAGAUACUGAAAAAAAGGGUUUGAAACAACCGUUGGAGACAUUUUUCUGGCCAGAAGCUCUACUCAAACCUGCUGCUCAGGAUGUUGACUUUGGCGAUGUUGAGGAUGAUGAUGAUGACAAACCAUCAGAUUACUACCAACUUCCUCCAGACGAAGAGAAAGAAGAUGAGGGAGAACAGCCAGAACCAGAGGAGGAAGAAUGUAAUUUGGAGGAGCCUGAUCAGCUUGCAGUGUUAACGGAAUACCUGAGAUCUACUUAUUUCUAUUGCCUGUGGUGUGGUAUCACUUAUAAUGAUUCAGAGGACCUCGAAGAUAACUGCCCUGGAGACACGUCAACAGAUCAUGAUUAAUAGUCUGGCAAUUUUCUAAUGGAAGUAAAAAAGGAGGACAUCUCCAUUGAAACUGAAUCAUGACUAUCCUUUGGGGGAGUUUUAUCAGCAAUGAUAAAGCAACAAUCCCAUCAACAGCAUUCAUAGUUAUUUCAUGGUCUUUACAUUGAUAGUUGCUCUGAGAGGACAACUCUGUAGGCCCUUCAUUGUGGAAUACAGCUUCGUGUGACCGAGCAUCAGAGAAGACAUGUCUGGUCCAAGGGCUAACGUCUGAUCAAACUGCCAAAAGUGAGGUUUGUCCAACUUUCUGUAGAGCAGUGCCUGUCAGUGGGAGUGGUCAGUUUCACAUUGACCAGCAUUCAGGCCAGAUGUCUUGUUUUGUUCACUGGUACAAGGCAGCUAGGCAUUUCAUGCAAACUUGAAGAAAGAAGCUCAAAAUGUUCAGGCUGCUAUAUAGUAUUGACUGGUAACAUACAGUUGUAGUAAUCUUUUAGUGGAUGGUUUUUACCUCAUUGUACAUUUUG